CCCACUAGAGAUGUGUUAGUACGUUAUAACUUCCGAUAUAAUACACGCUCUUUCGUAGAGCAUUCUUAUUGCCUUUGAGAAGCGUUCAAGAGAUAUUUGGCUCAGUUUCAUUAAAGGAGGCAAGCUUGUGUGUCACUCUAUAUUUUGUCCAGACUUAACGCUUGACAAUGCCGGCAAAUAAAUUAGCUAUCUUAAGUGUGUCUGAUAAAACCAAUUUGUUACAAUUGGCAAAAAAAUUGCACGAAUUUGGAUACACAUUAAUUGCUUCUGGAGGUACCGCACAGGCCUUGAGAGAUGCUAAUCUAUCUGUACGAGAUGUUUCUGAAAUUACUGGGGCACCUGAGAUGCUUGGUGGACGUGUAAAAACUCUUCAUCCUGCUAUUCAUGCUGGUAUUCUUGCCAGAUUGACCGACUCUGAUGCUGAAGAUCUGAAAAAACAGAAUUAUGAUCUUAUUCAAGUAGUAGUUUGCAACUUGUAUCCCUUCGUGAACACCGUGUCGAAACCAGAUGUGAAAGCCGAGGAUGCGAUAGAGAACAUCGAUAUUGGUGGUGUAACUCUGUUACGUGCUGCUGCCAAAAAUCACAACAGAGUCACAGUUGUCUGCGACCCCAAUGAUUACGAUAAGGUCAUCAAAGAGAUGGACACCGCUGCUGAUAAGAAUACCUCCCUGCAAACAAGACAAACUUUAGCUCUGAAAGCGUUCACUCACACUGCUGAGUACGACAACGCUAUCUCUGAUUACUUCCGUAAACAGUACAGCGCCGGAGUGUCGCAGCUCACCCUUCGCUACGGCAUGAAUCCGCAUCAGAAGUCCGCGCAAAUAUUCACCAUAUUAGAGAAGCUGCCGUUGACGGUGCUGAACGGAUCGCCUGGCUUCAUCAAUCUGUGCGACGCGUUGAACGGUUACCAGUUGGUGAAAGAACUGAAGACCGCCCUAAACUUGCCGGCGGCGACUUCCUUCAAACACGUCAGUCCGGCGGGCGCCGCGGUUGGCGUUCCCUUGGACAGCGCGCAAGCGAAGGUGUGCCAUGUGCUCGAUCUGCACGAUCAGCUUACGCCUUUGGCGACCGCUUACGCUCGUGCUCGUGGCGCCGAUCGAAUGUCCAGCUUCGGCGACUUCGUCGCACUGUCCGAGCCAUGCGACGUUAUUACGGCGAAGCUCAUAUCGAGGGAGGUCUCGGACGGCAUUAUCGCCCCUGGCUACUCGCAGGAAGCCCUUGAGUUGCUGAAGAAGAAGAAGAACGGCGGAUACACUGUGCUCCAAAUCGAUCCAUCCUACGUGCCGUCUCCGAUGGAGCGUAAGAUUCUGUACGGUCUGGUAAUGGAGCAGAAUCGCAACGACGCCGUUGUCGACAAGUCGAUGUUUGACAACAUCGUAACGACGAAGUCGACAACUCUGUCGGGAGAUGCCAUCCGCGAUCUGAUCGUGGCUACUAUCGCUGUAAAGUAUACGCAGAGCAAUUCAGUCUGUUAUGCGAGGGACGGACAAGUGAUCGGCUCCGGCGCUGGACAGCAGUCUAGAAUUCAUUGCACAAGACUCGCUGGGGAUAAAGCCGAUAACUGGUGGCUUCGCCAGCAUCCAAAAGUGUUAAACAUGAAAUUUAAGAAAGGCGUGAAGAGAGCACAGAUCUCCAACGCCAUCGACAAUUACGUCAAUGGGUCGAUAGGAAAGGAUAUGGACGAAGCUGCGUGGGCCGCCUUGUACGAAAAUGUUCCUGAAAAACUGUCGGAAAGCGAUAAAAUUGAAUGGAUUAAGAAGUUGGAUAACGUUUGUCUGAGCAGCGAUGCCUUCUUCCCGUUCAGAGACAAUGUCGAUAGAGCUAGACUUAGUGGUGUCAAGUACAUCGCGAGUCCUGCUGGCUCUACAAACGAUACAGAAGUAAUUGAAGCUUGCGACGAUCACGAAAUAGUGCUGGUUCAUACUAACGUUCGAUUGUUCCAUCAUUAAAUCUAAGAUAUAUUUGUUCACUGUUGCUAUUUUUAUACCCAAGCGACAGACUUUUGCUAAUGUUAAGUCAUUUCAAUCCAAACGAUUAAUAGAAUAUUUUUAUACAUUUUUUUAAUGUUUAAUAUCUAUUGAAUUUUGCAAACAGCUAUGUAAGAUGUUGUUCAUAAACGUUUACGUAAUGUUAAUGUGCAUUAUUGCACAAUAAUAAAUCAAAACAUUCCGC